CUUUGUAAACAGUGCUUUGUAAACAGUGCUUUGAAAGUGUGACUGCACGUACUAACCAAACAGCACACCCCCGCCCACCACGACCAUGGCGGAAUCGUCGACCAGGCCGGCGCGACGAAUGGCAUCAAGGAGGAAGAUCGUUGUCGACGAGGACGACGGAUCAGAUGCAGAGCAGAGCGUGGUCAGCAAGCAGGACGAGGAGGAUGAGGAAGAAUUCACACCAGCUGCAAAGGCGUCACCGCGUCGCAAGACGCUCGGCGAUGCAGCGACCCGAAGGAGAACCGCCGCGCGACGAACAACGACCGAUUCCUCUAUCGAUGUGUCGCAAGUGUCCAGCCUUCCACCCGAUGAUGCGACAGAAGAGCCCGAGUCACCGACCAAGAAAGCAGCGCCCAAGCGACGAAGUGUCAAAGACGCACGCGCGCGUAAGAGCAGAGCUUCGCGCGUAUCCAUUGCACCCGAUCUGCAGGAAGAGGAGUCGCAGCUACUACCAACACCACGACCAACAAAUUCUCCAGAUUCACGUGAAGCUUCGUCGCGACGAGGGAGCGCGCUCACCGAGAUUUCAGCGAACGAGCAGACGCCGCGCCAGAGCUCACGCCAUACAUCGAUGCAAGAGGAUGUGGACAUGACGGAUGUGACUGUGGACGAGAAUGUAGCGACUCCCAAGGCUGCGAAAGGUCCAAUUACACCGCCCAAGGAUGGAGAUGCGCAAGGUCCAGCUACACCAACAGAAGACGACGAUUCGAACAUGCUCGAAGCUCCGCAGCGCACGCCUGGCCCGGAUGCGACGCAAGUUGCGUUCAAGAAGAUCGAUGCGAAUCUGACAAAGCUGGAGAGACCAAUGGAUAUUGUGGUUAAGCGAAGAGCGCUGGGUGUGCCCGUGUCGCAAGAACCUGUGGAGCAAAAGCCACGGAUGACAAUAACCUGGCUCACGCUCACCAACUUCAAGUCUUAUGCGGGACAGCAGAGAGUCGGUCCUUUCCACGCUUCCUUCUCCUCUGUUGUCGGACCCAAUGGAUCUGGCAAGAGCAAUGUGAUCGAUUCACUUUUAUUCGUCUUUGGUUUCCGCGCGAGCAAGAUGAGGCAGGGCAAGAUCUCUGCAUUGAUUCACAACAGUGCGCAAUACCCAGAUCUGGACUACUGCGAGGUUGAAGUGCAUUUCCAGAUGGUCAUGGAUUUGCCAGGAGGAGGCUCAGAAGUUGUUCCCAAUUCGGAAUUGGUCGUUUCGAGACGAGCCUUCAAGAACAACAGUAGCAAAUACUACAUCAACGGAAAGACAUCCGACUUUACCACGGUCACGACAUUGCUCAAAGAUAGGGGAAUCGACUUGGAUCACAAGCGUUUCCUGAUUCUGCAGGGUGAAGUCGAAUCGAUUGCACAGAUGAAGCCAAAGGCAGCCAACGAGCACGAUGACGGAUUGCUGGAAUAUCUUGAGGAUAUCAUCGGCACGUCCAAGUACAAGACUCCUAUCGAAGAGGCGGCAACAGAGACCGAGACUCUCAACGAGGUGUGUCUUGAGAAGAGUACGCGAGUUCAGCACGUGGAGAAGGAGAAGAACGGGCUGGAACAUAAGAAAGAAAAGGCGCUGGCAUAUUUGCGCGAUGAGAACGAGCUUGCGUCAAAGCAGUCGGCACUGUACCAGGUCUAUAUCGCUGAGUGCUCCGACAACAUCCAAGUGUCGGAGGAAGCAAUCGCUCAAGUCCAAGGAGAGCUGAAUGAAGAGCUUGGCAGACAUCAGGAGGCUGAAACAAAAAUCAAGGCUGUCGAGAAGCAACACAAGAGCGAGUCCAAAGUCUAUGACAGAAUGGAGAAGGAGCUGGCCGCUGUGAAGAAGCAAGUCGACGAGAUGGACAAGGCAGGAGUCAAGAUCGAGGAAAAGAAGAAACACCUCAAGAACAAGGAGAAGAAGUCCGAGAAGACUCGCGAGACCUCCAACUUCGAGAUUUCCCAGGCGACAAAUCUGUCAAGGCAGGCUGCCGAUGACGUUGAGCGCCUCACUGGGGAGAUCCAACAACUCGAGGAGCAGAUGACAGCUGAGGACGAGGAGCUGGCGAAGAUUCGAGAGUCGCUGAAGGGGAAGACGCAGGGCAUCAGCGAUGAGAUCGCAGUCAAACAAAAACAGCUGGAGCCAUGGUCGGCGAAGAUCAGCGAAAAGCAAUCGUCGAUUGCUGUCGCACAAUCAGAGCUUGACAUCCUUCGAGAGCGCGAGAAUGCUGGUGCCACCGCCGUUGCUGAAGUGCAGGCCAAGAUCGAAUUUUUACAAGAGCAACGCGAGGCCAAAGCCGCCGAGAUCGAGACGUGCAAGAAGCAGCGCAAGUCAGCCGAGAAGGAGGUCCAAGCCGCCCAGAAGCAGCUCGAUGAAGUCUCAGCGAAAGAGCCCGCUCUGAAAGCAAAACUGUCUAAUGCACGUUCAAAAGCAGACGAAGCUCGCGCUAGCCUGUCGGCAACGCAGAGCCAAGGAAAUGUGCUUGCUGGUUUGACUCGCUUGAAAGAAUCUGGUCGUGUUGAUGGCUUCCACGGACGAUUGGGCAACCUCGGAGCCAUCGAUGCAAAGUACGAUGUCGCCAUUUCUACGGCAUGUCCGUCCCUUGACAACAUGGUCGUGGACACUGUCGAAGCAGCUCAGCAAUGUAUUGAGUACCUGCGGAAGAACAAUCUGGGUCGCGCCAACUUCAUCUGUCUCGACAAGUUGCCCAGGCGGGACCUUUCACCUAUUCAAACGCCGGAAAACUGCCCUCGACUAUUCGACUUGGUCAGAGCGAAGCACGAGCGUUUCCUCCCAGCUUUCUACAGUGUGCUCCAGAAUACUCUUGUCGCAGACGAUUCGCAGCAAGCGGAUCGAGUUGCUUAUGGUGCUAAGAGAUGGCGAGUGGUCUCUCUCCAGGGCAAGCUCAUCGACAAGUCUGGUACCAUGAGCGGUGGUGGUAACAAGGUGUCCAAGGGCGCCAUGUCCUCCAAAGUUGCAGCAGAUACCACGAAGGAGCAGGUGCAAAAGUACGAAGUCGAUCGCGACGCUCUUGAGAAAGAGUUUUCUGCACUUCAAGAUGAGCAGCGAGAGCUCGAGAAUCAGGUGAGGCAGUUGCAGAAUCAGAUACCGAAGCUCGAGACGCAGGUGCAGAAGCUCGAAUUGGAACUUGGCAGCAUUGAUCGCAAUAUUGCGGACGCUGAGCAUCGAGUGUCGGAGCUCUCCAACGAACAGCGAGGGUCCAAGACCGACAAGAGCAAGACUGCGUCUCUCGAAAAGAGCAUCGCUUCCAUGGAGAAGGAUAUUGAGAAGCUUCAGUCAGAAACAGAAGGUCUGGAGUUGGAGAUCAAAGAGCUUCAAGACAAGAUCAUGGAGAUUGGCGGCAUGAAAAUGCGUGGUCAGAAGGCCAAGGUCGACAGCCUGAAGGCGCAGAUUGACCUGCUCGCUGAGCGUCUGAAUGCUGCAGAAGUGUCCAAGACCAAAGCAGACAAAGCACGAAGCAAGCACGAAAAAGCUCUUGCGGAUGCCGAAGCCGAGCUGGAAAAGAUCGCUGCCGAACUCGAGAAUGUCGAACAGAGUGCGCAGAACCAGAACAAUGGCAACUCAGACCUGCGUAAUCAAUAUGAGGAGGGCAAGAUUGCACUCGAAGAGAAGAAAGAACAGCUGGACGAGCUCAAGAACAAAAUUGACGAGAUGCAGACGGAGCUCAACGACACGAGAGGUGCAGAGGUCGAAAUGCGCAACAGACUGGAAGAGAGCCAGAAACAUCUCGCCACGAACCAGAAGCAACAAGCUUACUGGACAGAGAAACUCAGCAAGCUCACACUGCAAAAUGUGUCCGAAGACGGCGAAGAAAAGGAACCCGAGCCCGUCCCUGAACUCUCUCGCGAUGAGCUGCAAGACCUCGACAAGAACGACCUCAAAGCACAAAUUGCGUCUCUCGAAGAUCGCACCUCCCAAGCCGUCGAACUCUCAGUCCUCGCUGAGUACCGCAAACGCGUCCGAGAAUAUGGUGACCGCCUCGAAGACCUCAACACGGCCCUCGCAGCGCGCGAUUCCGCCAAGAAACGCACUGAUGAUCUCCGCCGUCUGCGUCUCGAAGGCUUCAUGGAGGGCUUCUUCAUCAUCUCUCAACGCCUCAAAGAGAUGUAUCAAAUGAUCACCAUGGGCGGCAACGCCGAGCUCGAGCUCGUCGACUCACUGGAUCCUUUCAGCGAGGGUAUUUUGUUUUCCGUCAUGCCUCCCAAGAAAUCUUGGAAGAACAUUGGCAAUCUGUCGGGUGGUGAGAAGACGCUUUCAUCCCUGGCGUUGGUUUUCGCGCUGCAUCAUUACAAGCCUACGCCAUUGUACGUCAUGGACGAAAUUGAUGCUGCGUUGGAUUUCCGGAAUGUGAGUAUUGUAGCGGCGUAUAUCAAGGAGAGGACGAAGAAUGCGCAGUUUAUUGUUAUUUCGUUGAGGAACAAUAUGUUUGAGUUGGCGGCGAGGUUGGUCGGCGUUUACAAGGUUAACCAUAUGACGAAGAGUGUUACGGUUGAGAACCGUGAUUACAUUGAUCCGCAUCAUCGAACGGUGCAGCAGGCGAGAGCCGGCGCUGGAGCGCCUGAUGCUGGACUUUUGCAGACGCCGCAAUAGUGGCAGCAUUGAACGCAGCUCUCUCGAGCCUUGCAGGAAGCACGACUGGAGUUGACUUGAUGAGGGCACGAUGUACAGGAUUCUCUUGGGGUGGCAGGAUACCAUGACGGAAUGAUCGAUGGCGUUAGGACAUGAUGGCUGGGAUCUGGCCGCUCGACAGGCCAUGGUUGGGUGAACAUUGGUGUUUUCGUAUCGCGAUCGUGCUCAGAGACGUGUUUCUCGUCGAUACGCGCA